AACAAAAUUAUACAUGCAGUGUGUGUUCAAAUGGAGCAAAGUCUAAUCAGAAACUCCUCCCUCUCAAAGCCUUUAACAAGGAAAUGACUAGUUAUUAUUUCUUCUUUACUGAAAGAUAAAAUCAGUGCUGUGCAUCAAAGGAGGACACGAUAAAUGAGAUUUUCUUGAGAAGCUUUUGCACGAAAUAGAUUUUGAUUGUAGUUAUAAUUGUUAGCCUAUUUACUUUUCAAAGUAAAGUUCAGAAAGUGAAAGUAAAUUGUAGAAGGAGAAGAGGAAAUGGAUCCCAAAUCUGUGGAAGAGCUUUCUUGUCCCGUGUGCUGUGAAAUCUUUAAGGAUCCUGUUCUUCUCUCCUGUAGUCACAGUUUCUGUAAAGAGUGUCUUCAACAGUUCUGGAGAACCAAGAAAACUCAGGAGUGUCCCGUCUGCAGAAGAAGAUCCUCAAGAGCAGAACCUCCACGUAAUCUAGCGUUAAAAAACUUGUGUGAUUCACUGAGAAAGGAGAGGAACGAGAGGCGCUCAUCAGGAUCUGAGGAGAUCUGCAGUUUACACAGUGAGAAACUCAAACUCUUCUGUCUGGAGGACAAACAGCCGUUGUGUGUAGUGUGCAGAGACUCAGAGAAACAUGUCAGUCACACAUUCAGACCCAUCGGUGAAGUGAUCUCAUCUCACAAGGAGGAAGUGAACACAGCGCUGACAUCUUUACAAAACAAGCUCAAACAUGCAGAAAAAAUGAAAGCAAAGUGUGAUAAAACAGUUCAACACAUCAAGUCUCAAGCUGAGCACACCGAGCGUCAGAUUAAAGAGGAGUUUGAGAAGCUUCAUCAGUUUCUCAGAGAUGAAGAAGAAGCUACAAUCACUGCACUGAGGGAGGAAGAGGAGCAGAAGCAGCAGAUGAUGAAGGAGAAGCUGGAGGAGAUGAACAGACACAUCUCUGCUCUUUCACACACAAUCAAAGACACGGAGGAGAUGAUGAAGGACAGCGAUGCCUGCUUUCUGAAGAACUUCAGCAUCACGAUGGAAAGAGUCCGGAUCUCAUCACAGCCGGAUCCACAGAUGAGUUCUGGAGCUUUGAUUCAUGUGCCACAUUACUUGAGUAACCUGCGCUUCAGAGUCUGGAGCAAGAUGCAGGAAACUCUCCAACACACUCCAUUGACUCUAGAUCCAAACACAGCAGAUAAUUCUCUCACUCUCUCUUCUGAUUUGACCAGUGUAUCAUACAGUAGUUUACGUCAAAAUCUUCCUGAUAAUCCAGAGAGGAUUGAGAAGUAUGCAUGUGUUCUGGGAUCUGAGGGCUUUAACUCAGGGACACACUGCUGGGAUGUGGAGGUUGGAGACAAUACACUCUGGAUUGUUGGAAUAACCACAGCAUCAAACCAAAGGAAGGGAGAGGUUUUCUUUAACUCUAAUGUCUGGCGUGUGUCGUACAUGGACAGUAAAUACUGGUCACAAUCCCCAGGUAAACCCUGGACUGUCUUCACUGUUAAAGAGAAGCUGCAGCGUGUGAGAGUUCAGCUGGACUGUGACAGAGGAAAGGUGUCCUUCUCUGAUCCUCAAACUAACAUCUGUCUCUGCUCAUUCACAACAACCUUCACAGAGACCGUCUUUCCUUUCUUAUAUAAUCGCUGCACAACUUCUCCUCUGAGGAUCUUACCAGUUAAACUGAUCGUAACAACAGAAAAUCACAGUUAAAUCUCUUUCUGCUUUUAGAUCAAUUAAGGUACAAUAAUCAAUUCAAUUCAAGUUUAUUUGUAUAGUGCUUUUUACAAUACAAAUCAUUACAAAGCAACUUUACAGAAAAUUAUUUUUCUACAAUAUUUAGUAAUAGCUUAUAAGUGGUGACUGUCAGU